CGCGCUGUAGCGUCAAUAAUUAUUUAUUUUUGCCAACUUUACCGACGGUAUCAAAAUUUCGAUACUCUACUUACCGCGUUCGUUUCUACAAUGCCGUGUUCUAUCCUCUUCGUCGGGUUUAUUGUGGCCAUUGCCGGUUGGAGCAGCUGCUGGGCCGACUUUCCCAACUGGGGGCAGAAUAACGCCUUCAAUGGUGGCGCAAACGGCGGCAUGUCUAACUGGCAGCCGCUGUCGCCUAACAUCAUGGACGACCGGCUGCGGAAUAAUCCCUGGCUAAACAAGGCCCAAGGUAGCCGCCAGACACCGGCUAUUCACGGCGCUCCACCGGCUGCCCACAGCGCUCCUUCUGCUGCUUCCAACCGGCCGCCACAGUGCCCGGUCUGCCACUGUCCCGCCUCCAACGCCGGCACUGGCACCAACGCCAAGAGCGCUGCUGUCAAGCCGCCGGCGAAGAAAGACAAUCCCCGCCCAUCGGCCACGCCCGCUCCCGUCAAAAAGAACAACCAGGCAGCCGGCAACAAAGGCAAGGGCAAGGCCUAAGCAAACGCUGUCCAGCUUGGAGCCUGGUCAAUUUAACCGUUACUGUAGGCUGUUGUCAUUGGUGCAAUAUUUUGAGAGCGUUGGAAAUUUUAAGGCUUUAUCUGGUGAUUUCAAAAUGCUGGGGUGUUUAAGCGUUUAAUGGCUCACUAACAAAUUAAAAUGCAAACA